AUGGGUGAUUCUGAGGAUAAUGAUAUUCAGGCACGUCACAGGAAGGAGCGUAAGGAAGUUCAAGCAAAAAUCCAAGAAUUGAAGAAAGCGGCAAAAAGUGAUAAGAAGAAAAAGAAGGAGAUUUUCGAAGAGAUUGUCCGGCUUGAGAGUGAACUGGAGAAGAAACAUUCAGAUGAGUUGAAUACACUCAAUAGAGAACGCAAGGAGUCUGAAUCUACGGUGGAUGGAGACCAUGGGGAGCAUGAAGAUGAACCGGAAAGGAAGAAUCGCACGUCAAAAGCCCAGAAGAGAAGGGAAAAGAAGGAGAAGGAGGAACGUGAACGGGAAGCCAUGAUUCUGGCUGCUGAGGCACUAAACAUUAAUUCUGCUCGCCAAAAGGAAUAUCUGGCUAUUCUGCAAUUACUGCAGGCACGAAAGCUGGCCAUGCAUGAAAUUCCCUCCGAUGGGAAUUGUCUGUACAAUGCAGUUAAUCAUCAGUUGUUGGUGACUGGCCGGAAAGCUGUGGACAUUACACGAUUGAGAUUCAUGACUGCUGACUACAUUUUGGACAACAAGGACACCUUGUCGCUCUACAUGACCAAUCCGGAAACAAAUAAUCCCCUAACUGAUGCAGAAUUCACGAAAUACUGCGAAUCUGUGAGGAAUACCGCAGCCUGGGGAGGACAGAUUGAGAUUAAAGCCCUCUCGCACACCCUCAAAGUCCCCAUUGAAGUUAUUCAAGCCGAGGGACCACCCACCGUCCAGGGAGACACGGAAUUUCAAGGACCAAAUCUCAUCCUUACAUACCACCGACACAUGUACAGCCUUGGGGAGCACUUUAACUCCACCAAGACAGCUUCUGAACAACCAGAUGAUCCCUCAGAAGGAAAUUAACUUAAAUCCACAAUCAAGUAGACAAACUGCCACACACGAGAAAACUUUUGUCGUGAUUUUUGACUUCAUCUUUAAUUCUCAAAUCGAGGAGAUACAACCGCAGGAAAUCACUUGAAUACGAUCGUUUUGUUUCUUCAAUAAUUUAGUUUCUGUUGAGAUGUGGUAAGCUAACUAUCCCACACACAUUAACUACUUUUGCUCCUCCUUGGCCUCAUCGGCAUUUUGAAUACCCUUAUUGGGGUCAUCGGGCUUCAUGGCUGGGAAGAAAAGUACCUCCUGCAGAGAAAAAAAAAUCAACCUCAGAUUAAUCUUAAAGUUUUUCUUUGUAAAAAAUAUUUACACAAAAAUUAUAAAAAAAAAGUCUUUAAAACACUUAAUAAUUAUUAUAAUAUUUUGUAUUAAUUUCAUUUGAAUUGAAUUUAUUAUUAAAUUAAUUUCUAAUUUAAAAGAAA